AUGGCCCGUCCGCCGGGCGACAAUGGCCCAGUCUACUACUCCCUCGUCCAACGUACCACGCCAAUUCCUCCUCUCGACGUGAACCAAACCCUUGUCAAGAUUUCUGCCGCUGCCCUAAACCACAGGGACCACUUCCUCCGCCAGAACCUGUACCCGGGCACCGCCCUGGGUGUCCCCAUUCUAGGCGACGGCUCAGGCGUUGUCGUCGACAUUGGGUCUCAGGUUCCAGCCCACUGGAAACACAAACGGGUUAUGAUCUACCCCGGUUCGGGGUGGUUAUCUUCCCCGAAGGGUCCAGAAGAUGGAGGAUACCUUAAUAUUCUCGGCGGAACGGUGUAUAACCCCCAAGGCACUCUGGCAGAAUACAUGGUUGUUGACUGGAAGGAUCUCGAAGAGACUCCGGGUCAUUUGACUGAUGUUCAGGCUGCUGCGCUCCCUAUUGCUGGGCUUACUGCGUGGCGUGCGUUAUGUACCAAAGGUGGCGUGACGGGGAACUGCGCCGGGAAGCAGGUGUUGAUUACAGGAAUUGGAGGUGGUGUGGCUCUGAUGCUGCUGGCGUUUGCAGUGGCACAGGGGGCAGAUGUCUGGGUGACGACAUCGAAAGAAGAGAAGUUGAAGGAAGCGGUGAGGCUUGGGGCUAAGGGAGGAGUGAAUUACCGCGAGGAUAAGUGGGAUGCACAACUGCUGGAAUUGCUUCCUCCACAGCAUAAGCAUUUUGAUGUGAUCGUUGAUGGGGCAGGUGGGGACAUCGUGGAUAGAGGAGUCAGAUUGCUCUCGAGUGGCGGUGUGAUCUCGAUUUAUGGUAUGACUCUGUCUCCCAAGAUGCCCUUUACCAUGAAGGCGGUUUUGAAGAACAUUGACGUACGUGGGUCGACGAUGGGCUCGAGGAGGGAAUUUGGGGAAAUGGUCGAGUUCGUCCGACGCAAGGGAGUGACGCCCAUCGUCCACCGAGUUGUAGAUGGAAUAGACAACAUGGAGGGCAUUGAGGAAUUAUUCGGUAUGCUUGAAUCAGGGGCACAGUUUGGAAAGCUGGUCAUUCGCAUUGCGAAUCCUGAUAAAGGCAAGUUGUAA